AUGGCGAAGCAGGAGGAAUCCCAACUGGACACCCACGGAGCUGUGUAUUACCACUGGCGAGUCUGGGAGCUUACUGGCCUGAUGCGUCCACCGGGGAUCUCCCGCCUGGCCUACCGCGUGUACGCCGUGGCGAUCAAUGUGGUGGUCACCGUGCUGUUUCCCUGCAGCCUGCUGGCCAGGCUGUUGUUCACCACAAACAUGGCCGGAAUGUGCGAGAAUCUGACCAUCACGAUCACAGAUAUUGUGGCCAAUUUGAAGUUUGCGAAUGUUUAUAUGGUGAAAGCGCAGCUCUUCGAGAUUCGCUCGCUCCUGCGGCUCAUGGAUGCACGGGCCAGGCGGGUGGGAGAUCCCGAGGAGCUGUCCGCCUUGAGAAGGGAAGUGCACAUCGCCCGGGGUAGCUUUCUGGUCUUUGCCCGGAUCUUUGUGUUUGGCACCGCCUUGAGUUGCGUCCGGCUGGUCAUUCGUCCGGACCGGGAGCUCCUGUAUCCGGCCUGGUUCGGCUUGGACUGGACGCACUCCACCAGGAACUAUGUGCUCAUCAAUAUCUACCAGCUCUUCGGACUGGUGGUGCAGGCAGUGCAGAACUGUGCCAGCGACUCGUAUCCGCCGGCCUUUCUCUGCCUGCUCACGGGCCACAUGCGUGCCUUGGAGCUGAGAGUGCGUCGCAUUGGCUUUAGGACCGAGGACCUCACGGGUGAUGACAAGGCCUGGCAGGAGGAGGUCUACGAGGAGCUGAUCGAGUGCAUCCGCGAUUUGAUGCGGGUCCAUCGGCUGAGGAAGAUCAUCCAGCGCAUCCUCUCGGUGCCCUGCAUGGCCCAGUUUGCCUGCUCUGCCGCCGUCCAGUGCACCGUGGCCAUGCACUUCCUCUACAUGGCGGACGACAACGACCUGACCGCCAUGAUCAUCUCGAUUGUCUUCUUCACGGCCGUGACCCUGGAGGUGUUCGUCAUAUGCUUCUUUGGGGAGAGGAUGCGGACGCAGAACGAGGCGCUGUGUGAUGCCUUCUACGCUUGCAACUGGGUGGAGCAGCUGCCCAAGUUCAAGCGCGAGCUGCUUUUUACGAUCGCCAGGACCCAAAGGCCGUCGCUCAUCUUUGCAGGCAACUACAUAGCUCUCUCGAUGGAGACCUUCGAGCAGGUCAUUAGGUUCACCUACUCCGCCUUCACUUUGUUGCUCCGGGCCAAGUGAGCUGAGAGGGAUGAGCUCCAAGCUAUUACGGAUCCUUUAAAAAGUUAUAUUACGGCAAUAAGCUCAAGUACUUUUGACAGUUAAUGA